AUGCACGAGAAGUCGAUUGGGGCGAACAGCGCUCUUUCGGCACCUCUUUCCAACCCAGCAAGCUACGUUGAUUUCAAAGGGGCUGAUGACCCCGAGCAUCCUCAGAAUUGGAGACUAUCUAAGAAACUUUUCAACUCUAUCUUAGUGUGCUCAGGGACCCUGAUCGUCUCGCUCACAAGCGCCAUAUUCGCACCGGGAAUCGACAAAGCAAGCCAAGAGUUUGGGGUCGGAACAGUGGUCGGAACACUGGGCACAACCCUCUAUGUCCUUGGCUUUGCAUCAGGGCCCGUAAUCUGGGCACCUGCGUCAGAACUACGGGGAAGGAAAUGGCCUCUGGCAAUUGGACUAUUAGGCGGUGGAAUCUUCACUAUUGCGUCGGCAGUGGCCAGAAAUAUCCAGACCCUGGUAAUAUGCCGUUUCUUCGCUGGCAUGUUUGGCGCAAGCCAACUGACUGUUGUCCCCGGUGUACUGGCCGACCUAUACAGCAACACCACUCGAGGUGCUGCAAUUUCACUAUAUGCGCUGACUGUCUUCGUGGGACCGUUCAUGGCUCCUUUUGUGGGUGGCUUCAUUGCGUCGAGUUAUCUUGGCUGGCGGUGGACUCUUUACAUCCCGGCAAUUUUCAGCCUGGCAAAUGGGCUGGUGAGUGUUCUCUUCUUGGAUGAGACAUAUUCGCCUUGUAUUCUCGUGGCGAAGGCUGUUGCUAUCCGCAAAAGUUCACAGGAUAGUAAUAUCCGUGCCAGACAUGAGGACAUCGAGGUCAGCAUCCCCGAUCUCGUGGAGAAAUACUUCACACGUCCACUGAAGUUGCUCUUCACGGAGCCUAUUAUCCUCGUGGUGUCGGUUUACAUGUCCUUCAUCUACGGCCUUGUCUAUGCGCUUCUUGAGGCAUAUCCCUUCGUCUUCGAGCAUACAUACGGCAUGACUCCUGCCUUUGCGGGCCUAAUGUUCAUUGGCCUCAUUAUCGGAGUAGUGCUCGCAUGUGCCUUUAUUCUUUUCGGGCAGUUGGCCUAUGCAAGGAAACUGGAAGAGAAUAAGGGCACCCCGGUCCCCGAGUGGCGCCUCGCUCCAACACUCCUAGGAGCGCCUGUUUUCACAAUAGGUCUUUUUUGGUUUGGCUGGACUGGGUUCACCUCUCAGAUUCACUGGGCUGUACCUGCCGCGGCCGGGAUAUUCAUUGGAUUUGGGGUGCUGUGUAUCUUUCUUCCGUGCUUCAACUAUAUCGUCGAUGCAUAUUUGCCAAUCGCUGCUUCAGCUGUUGCUGCCAAUAUCAUUCUGCGAUCAGCAGUAGCCGCAGGGUUCCCGUUAUUCUCAAGGCAGAUGUUUCAAAACAUGGGAAUUCAAUGGGCUGGCACGUUGCUUGGCUGUUUGGCCGCAAUAAUGAUCCCCAUCCCGAUCACAUUUAGGGCUUAUGGACCUUGGUUACGAGGGAAAAGCAAAGUAUUCCCAUGA